AUGCAUGCGACAAUAGCACGACUGGUGAGGUCAUCAGUGACUGUUCUUGGAGCAGGUUCACAAGGUAGACGCCUGGCUUACAUGUGGUCAAGCAGAGGCAACGAUGUCCACUUGAUUGAUGGGAAACCAAGUCAACUCCAGGCGAGCGUUGAGAAUGUCAAUCAACUACGAUCUCAACUUGAUCCAAAUGGCAACUUUGGCAAAGUGCGUGCACAUUCGCCAGAUUUCAUGAGAGCUGCCCUGAGUGAAUCAUGGCUGGUGGUCGAGUGCAUUCCCGAACGCUUGCGCCUGAAGCAGGAGGUCAUGACCCAACUUGAUGACUUGGCGCCAGAAAACACAAUCAUUGCAUCUAAUUCUAGCAGCUACCCUUGUUCUGAAAUUGUCUCUGGGCUAUCUCUGAAGAAUGCGAAACGAGUUUUGAGCGCCCAUACCUACUGGCCACCGGAAACCACAGGUAACUGGACAUUAUUUCUCAAAAUAUGGGCUGCCAUCAAACGAGAAGCACUCCUAACAGCAGCGGAGGGCGCGGGUACACCAGAGGAAAUUGACGCCAUUUUUAGAGGCGUAUUGAAGACCGAAAAGGGUCCAUUUGAGCUUAUGGAUAUUGUCGGCCUCGACGUAGUGUUCGAUAUUGAGCAGCACUAUGCUGCUGCGAGAAGAGAUAUCCCGGAACAGCCAAGAAGCUAUUUGGCCAGUUACCUUGAGAAGGGACAUCUCGGUGCGAAGAGUGGACGGGGAUUCUACAGAUAUGACAGCUCUCCAUCGAUGCAGCCAGCAGGCCAUCGGGAGAUUGCAUCUACUACAGCCGCGUGA